CAAGAUUAAAGGACGCUGCUGGCGGCGUCCACUUUAAAAGAAAACACCAUGGUGGAACAAUCAAGACAGCCGAGUCGUGUUGUCUCCCCCCAGGCUGGAUCUGGUGAGGUGGACACUAACACCCUGUUUGACGUGAACCUCAGGAUCAACGACAGGGCUGCAAGGGCCUUUGGGCGCCAGUUGGCUGUAAUUGGAGAUCAGCUGGACCAGGAAUGGGCAAGCAGACAGCCGAACUGGCUACCAAUCCCUCUCCACGUGCUGAGACCUGCUCAGGCACUGACCAGGACAAUCUAUCGGGAUAUCCACAGUCAGUUAUGGGGCUUCCAGGGCUUGUCUGCGGCAGUGAAGGCCUGGGUGGCGAGCUCUGUGCCUGGGCAGGGGAUCCUCAGAGUUGAUGCCUGGGGAGCCUGGGUGCCCAACUUGAAACCAGUAACUUGCACUGGCUGGACCAGAGGAGCACUGGUUGCUGUGGCACUGGUGGCUGCAGUGACCAUUUUCAGUGCACUAUGGGUGGAAUGGAAAGCCUAAAGGGCCAUUAGCAGGUCUUUUCGGCCAUCAUAUCUUUAAAAAAAAAAAAUGUUUGCAAAUGUGUGACAAUUAUUGCUGAUUUGUUUCUGCUGUUUACUUUGACUUCUCUUUUUAUACUAUUUUCAUGAGAGGUAUUGAAUUUAAAAACGGGUAAAAUAAACACUGUAAACUUCGUCAGAGCAUUAGGAAAUUGUUUAAAUCAGUUUUACAGUGUUGCCAAGGGUUAGGCCAGCAUAUUGUAGCAGUGACAUGUUGGUUCACAAUUGUAUUAAUGUUAAAAAGUUUCCCAAGACUGGACUGUUGCUGGCCUGCAGUCUUUUGUAUCCAGAAUUGUUUCUUACUGGUUUAAGAGGCCAAAAUUUUUAAAAAAUAUGUAGCCUGACGUAAUAUAAAACGGAGGGAGCUGGACUUCAGAUUUUAAA